GAUUGUUCGCACAUCAGUGUAUAAUAACACUUUAUUAUUGUUGAAAUUUAAUAAUAACAUCAUCGUUAAUCGUAGACGAGCGUGUUGUAAACCGACACAGUAUUUUGUUAUUCGUAUGUGCGUGUGUGUGUGUGCAUUAACCAGCCGAUAAUAUUAUUAAAUAAAGGAAAAGAAUAUUUCGGCCGACCGAUGUUGGGCCUAGUCCGCGUUGCUUCGGCGAGUCGGCUGCCUUGAUUGAAUCGUAUAUUGACAUGAAUAACAGAAAUGAACCCAACGAACCUGGCACCAGCCGUGGACCCGCCGAUCAAAACCCAGCCGAUUGUCCAAAAAAAGAAGCAUCCAGGCUAAACAACAAUGUAGUAAACGGCUACGGCGACACACAGUGCUGUGCCAACUGCGAUAGCGCUGCACGACGGGACCACAUGAUUGCCGCCAGUCUGGUGUACUGCGAUCAGGAAGAGAGCGAUACGGACGAUGACUGUUGUUAUUACAGGUACCGGGGCGACAGACGGGAGCCGGCCGUCGACGAUAGGUUACGGGUGGACGAUAGAAGUGCAUCGCCCUUGAUGGACUACCUCGAGAUGGAUUUCGAUCCUGAACCCACGGUCGAAAACGAAUCUGAAAACGAAGAGCUCGACGCACCCGACCCAGUCGCCCAUCAAACAAAUCCAAUGAUUGAUUCCGACGUACCGAUGCCGAGCUGUUCGGGUGUUAGUAGCGUGAAAGAAUGUAAUAACUGUGAGAACAAAAACAGUAUGAACAAUUCUAACAUUUCGCAACCGACCGCUAGCUCGAGUUUACAGUUUACCGAUAUCUACAACAACAUCAAAGAAGAACGCAACGGAUGUAUUAGGCGUAAUGCAGACGCUAUGGAGGUUUGCCAAAACAUGAAGAGAAUGCGAGUAGACGAUUUGGGUUGGGUGAAAGAAAUGGUCUGGUCUGAAAAAGAAGCAGCCCAACGGCAAGUGAGCCAAAUCGGAGUGUCAGCCUGUGGGGCCACCGCUGUUAUAAAUGCUCUCUUGGCUUUACGGAUACCGUUUAGUACAGACCGCGUUGUCAGGACUAUAAGUACACGUUUACGUAACGAGACAGGACCGUUAGUGUCCUAUCUAGAGUCUCGUUCCGUGGCCGGUUGUAUGGCCGAAGAUCUUGUUAGAACGUUGGAGACCGCAACGGAUUCUCUAGUCAGUGCCAGAUUUUUCGCCACCAACCCCAUAAUGGACGUUCCGUUGGCCACCUGGUUGGCUGGUUGGAUAAAAAAAGGCGCCGUGCCAAUAUUGACGUUGAACCUUCAACGAGGAGUGAAAUCUCUCGUACCGGACAGUUGGCAUCAUCAAAUGGUGUACGGCGUCUCUUACAACCCUUUACGGCCCGACGAGUGUGCUCAGAUUUACAUGUCCAAUCCUCUCACUAUGGCGUCUGUAGAAUCUUUGCGUCCACAGCUGUUCUCUCCCUCGUUGUUGAUGGUACGAAGGACGGACGUUCUAUCCAGAUGGACACCACACACAGAUCUCAUGUCUUUGGCUUCGCAUCCCGAUCCUUGUUGGCACGCAUAUAACGUAUUAGGACAAGUAGUAAAUCUCAUUAGAGAAGAACAAGAAGGUGUCCAAUUUACCAAACACAUUGUGAUCCCGGCCAGCUAUAAGAGCGGUAUAACGUUAGCUUUACAAACGGCGUCAAAUUAUAGCCAUGAAUUGAAAUCUGUGCCAGAACUGUAGAUACCAAAAAAAAAGUUAUAUAUAUUGGCAAUAAUUGACCAGAUUUCAACUAAAUACACUAUGGUGCAACCGCAAUAUGCAAUUAUAAUUAGUUAUAAUUAUUUUUGUGUCAUACUAUUCUUAUAUUUUUUAAAUAGUUGUGUAUAAUAAUAAUUGUUAAUCAACCAAAGUUUUUAGACCACGACAGUCACUUAUUAUUAUAAUUAUUAUUAUUGACUU